AUGCGUUCGAGGCAGUUUGCUUUGCCAGUUCCUGCGGCAUCGACGGCAGGAACCGCUACGGCAACGUCAUCGUCUGAAACGGUGACGGAUGCAGGUUUGGAGGCAUUUGCGACAGACGACGGUUCCCUGGACGGCGAGUUGGUGCGCAAGAUGCUCGGAGCGAUUGCUUGCAUCAAGGCGGAGCGGAAACGGCCGACCAUCGAGCGCAUCAUCUCCAAGAUGCGAAACCACCACAACAUCGACCGCGACGUCGUCGUCCACCAGCUUGAACUGGCCGUCCGACAUGGCAAGGUGAUCAGGCUACUCGGCCACAACGGUACUUCCUCGUAUGCCGACCCGAACAGGAUCGAUUCUUGUGAUGACCUGACGCAGAUCGUCGUUAACUCGGUGCGGGAGCUGAACUGCGUCGAUGGUGUUAACCUGCGAAACCUGGAAGCGUACAUUCGGCGGACGUAUGACGUUCGUUUCAGUUCGAAAAGCGUCGACCUCCGAUGCCUGCUUCGGGCUAGUGCCAAGAGCGCCUGCCUUCAGGGUUUGCUGACCAACGUCAGUCUAAACACUUAUGCCCUCGGCCCCCAUGCGACGGAUGCCCGAGCAUCGGGCAGCUGCAGCAGAAGUAUCUCCGGUGUCUGUCGUAACAAUGUCUCCUCGCCAUCGUCGUCACGCAGAAUAUUGGCCAGAAAAGUUAGCAUUUUCCAUUGUUAUUGA